AUGCCACCCAAGAAGGACAAGAAAGCGGCACCACCUCCUGAGGUGCCUUCGACGGUCACGACCCCUCGAGGCAAGACUUUCGAUACGACAGCCGCCGCCGCAAGACCGAAGCGCGCCAUUACUACCACCAUGCCUCCUCCCGAUCCACCGAGUCUGAAGAGAGCCAAGAUAGUCGAGUCAUCGUCUGCCUCUGAAGUUACUCCUCAGAGACGUGGUCGUCCACCUAAGGUCUCGACUCCUAAGACAGCUCCUGCCAUCACACCCAAGGCACCUUCUACAGCUACACCCAAGAGCUUUAGAGUCGGUGAAAGACAGAGUGCUAGGCUGGCUUCAACUCCUGCCAGUGACAAAGCCCUGGAACCACUCAGAAAAAGUCGCGUCACCAAGUCAGCCAUCCCACCUAAGCGUGCUAGAGGAAGACCGCCAAAGCCCAAGCAGUCUACCCUCGAAGACGGCCAUGAGUCUGCGCCCGACGCUAACGACGAAGCGAGCGAUGGCAUUGAAUACGAUGAUUCAACACACGAUGCCAAUAUCACCGAGGCCACGACUAUCAUCCAAGCCGAUCGCAGCUAUUGGCUCAUGAAAGCCGAGCCUGAGUCUCGCAUCGAGAAGAACGCCAAUGGAGACGACGUCGACGUCAAAUUUACCAUUGACGAUCUNCGCUCUCGCGCAGAGCCUGAACCAUGGGAGGGCAUCCGUAACGCGCAAGCCCAAAACAACAUGAAGGCCAUGAAGGUCGGCGAUCUUGCUUUCUUCUAUGAGUCGAACUGCAAGAAGCCCGGUGUCGUUGGCAUCAUGGAGAUUGUCACUGAAGCCAGUCCUGAUCCCAAUGCCUUCGACAAGAGCAGUGCCUACUAUGAUCCCAAAUCCGAUCCCGCAAAGCCCAAGUGGAUGCUCGUCCACGUUGAAUUUCGUCGCAAGUUCAGCGAGAAGUUCACACUCAAGGAUCUCCAAAAGUUCUCUCAACCUGGAGGCGCUCUCGCUGAGAUGGAGGUCUUCAAGCAGUCACGUCUCUCCGUCACCAAAGUCACCAAACCUCAGUGGGACUUUAUCAUGAGCCAGAUCGACGAAGAUGAUGAGAUGGAGGAUUCUUUCGAGGAAGGCAUGCCUGGCAGUGGUGGUGAGAACACAGAUCUCGGUAAUGACUUUGCCGCUGCGUUCGAAGCCCCUGCUAACCUCCAUACUGCCAAUGGGAUCCCUGACGUUGUCAGCCAGAUGUCUGCUUACGCCGUAGACGCUCCUGGUCCCUCCGCCCGAAGUGUAUCCCGUGGCCGCAGAAGCAGACUCUUGUCUGUUCCAGCUGGCCAGCCUGCUGCCAUGCACGAUGCCGCUCUGCCUCGUCAACACGACAUUGAUGCCCCAGCCAACUAG